AUGCUGACAGAAAUAGUUGACAAGUCUUCCCAUGUGGAUGCUUUUUCUCAGUCUCAGCUGACUGUUCAAGAGAGGGAUCAUCUGGGCUCUAACAGAGUCUUCCAUCAGAGAGUCAGUCGUGGUGUCCUUUCCCUCCCACAUCUGGAAGGUCAAGUGAAGCAUGGUCUGGCUGCAGACACUGCAAACCCUCCCCCCUUUGAGAGCAGCCUGCCUCAAAUAGCAAAUAAGAGCUUGAAGAGUGUCCUCCCCUCUCUUCAGGAAAAUGGAACUCAAGGCAAUUUUCCCCAAUUUAACCUUCCAGACAGUGUUCCUGAGAGUGAUACCAGAGUCUCUACAAAACCAUCUGAACUGGAGAGCACCAGCAUCGGGGUCAAACUGCCUAUGACAGCUUCAGAAGCCUUGAAAAAUUUUAGAAACCAGUUAACAGUCUAUGAGCAAAAAGAAAUUUUCAAUUAUACAGAGCUCUGGUUUCUUGGCCUGGAAGCUAAAAAGAUUGAAGGAUUGCCUGAAACCCAGAAUAAUAAUUGUUAUGAUGAUGAGCAUGGUUCCUACUUAAAGGUUUUACAUGACCACAUUGCUUACCGCUAUGAAGUCUUGGAGGUCAUUGGGAAAGGGUCAUUUGGGCAGGUGGCCAAAUGCCUGGAUCAUAAAACCAAUGAGUUAGUGGCAUUGAAAAUAAUAAGGAAUAAGAAAAGAUUUCACAGCCAGGCUUUGGUAGAAGUGAAGAUCCUUGAUGCUCUCCUGAAGAAAGACAAAGAUGAUACACACAAUAUCAUCCACAUGAAGGAAUACUUCUACUUUCGCAAUCACUUCUGUAUCUCCUUUGAACUGCUGGGAAUAAAUUUGUAUGAGCUGAUCAAAAAGAACAAUUUCCAAGGCUUCAGCCUGUCUUUGAUUCGCCACUUCACACGGUGUGUGCUGAGGUGUUUACAAGUGCUCUACCAGGAAAGAAUCAUUCACUGUGAUCUGAAGCCUGAGAACAUACUAUUAUACCACAAUGGGCAAGGUUCAGUCAAAGUUAUUGAUUUUGGAUCAAGCUGCUAUGAAGACCAAAGAGUGUACACCUAUGUUCAGAGCCGCUUUUAUCGCUCCCCUGAGGUGAUUCUUGGUCAUCCUUAUGCUAUGGCUGUUGAUAUGUGGAGCUUAGGCUGCAUUAUAGCAGAGCUUUACACAGGCUACCCACUGUUUCCAGGGGAAAAUGAAGCUGACCAACUUGCCUGCAUCAUGGAGGUAUUGGGCCUUCCACCAGCUGAUUUUAUCCAGGCUGCGUCAAGGAGAAGAACAUUCUUUGAUUCCAAAGGUUUUCCUAAAUCCAUAACCAACAGCAAGGGGAAAAAGAGAUGCCCAGACUCCAAGGAUCUAAGCACAGUGCUGAACACCCAUGAUGCUGGUUUCUUGGACUUUUUGAAAGGAUGCUUAAUGUGGGAGCCUUCCCUGCGCAUGACUCCUGAUGAAGCGAUGAAACACGUGUGGAUCCAGGAGCCAAAAAUAUUCCGGAAAACGCAGGCUCCAAGGAAGAUGAGUGAUGGCUCGUUCUCUGCACUGGAAAAUAGAAGAGAGACUAUUCAGAAUCUCUGGAAAAGUGCAGCUGACAGAGUGAGAAGUGAACUGGCUGACAGACUGACUCCCUUCACAGGCACAGCAGAAAGUGAUGUGCAGAACACAAGGAAGCAUGCUAUUCCAGAGAAAUAUUUGGAAAACCACAUGGAAAAACCUAUUAAAUACGAUCAAGCAGAAGACAGUGGUGAAAGAGCUCUUCCAAAAACUUCUCUUUUUUUCCCACCAAUUAAGUAA